UGGAGUUUGGGGUUGGGAACACUCGGUAGAGAGAUACCGCAACAACUGGAUCAAGUGUAACCUCGAUAACAGGAUCACGGCGGGAGACCGCAGGAUGUGAGCGAGGGCAAGGCAGAGGGAUGCCCGCAUCUUCAUCCGGACGAUCGCCGUCGCCGAAGCCAUCGCCCGCGAGCAAAGCGUCAAUCCUGUCCCUGUUGAAGUCCCCCUUCUCCUCGAAGAUCCGCCCUCUCGUCGAGUUCUACGUACAACCGGACGAUCCACAUCGGAGUUACUCGAGCGGCGAUGCCGUGACGGGAUCCGUGGUGCUCAAAGUCAUCCGACCGAUUCGGAUCACCCAUAUCGUCGUUUGCCUCCAUGGGUACGCGCAGGUCUACAAGAACCCGAACUCUCCGGGGGACAUUUACAAAUCAUACGGGCAAUCGUUAAGUCAAGGGCGGACUAAUAAAUCCGGCGGCUACUUUGGCAAUGGGUUCGUCUCUCUGUUCGAGCAAGAGAAGGUACUCUGUGGUGAUGGGCGGUUGGAUGAGGGCAUAUAUCGGUUUAAUUUCGAACUGCGAUUUCCCAUUGGCGCGCUCCCAAGUAGUAUCGAGUUUGAGCGAGGAACGAUUUCAUACAUGAUUACGUCAAUUCUAACGAGACCCACGACAAUAUCCCCAAUACAAACAUGCGAUCACCGAAUCAAUUUCAACGAGACCAUGGAUGUCGCCCCCUUAUAUCAGCCCAAACCACGAGUCAUCUCAUUGGAACCGAUACCCCGAAAGGGGAAGGCCCGGUCCGUACCCAAAAACAAGAACGUGGCCGACUCCAAGAAGCGAGGGGGAAGUGAAGACAACAUACCUCCCGAAUCCUUACUUGGCGACGCGGUCCACAGUACAACGUCGGAAGUAACUAGCAUCCGCGAAAGCGAAGUUCCACAGAGCCCCUCGCCCAGUGCCACCAGCUUUGGCACUUGUGAAGGAAGCUGUGCCACGAGCUCUGGCAAUGGAUCUGGCGAUGGUUCCGACAAAAUCGAUGGGAGCAAAGCAGGGUCGAAAGCCGUCAAACACGUCCGACACCGCUCUCGUAACCUCGAGAAAAAGCCGAUCACAGCAACCAUCGAACUCCAAAAGUCUGGAUAUCUUCGAGGCGAUAACAUAACCCUGAAUCUCAGUAUCAAGCAUACCAAGGUCGUGAAAAGUCUGAACGGCAUCAUCGUCACCCUGUAUCGACAGGCGCGGGUCGACAUGAACCCGAAUCUUCCACUGGUACAGGAAGCCAAAAGAGGCUCAAAAACGGACGAGUACUAUCCGAAGUCUCGGACCGGCCUCGGUGGCCUGUCAUUGUCCUCGGCAGGGUCCAGUCAUUUGUUCCGGAAAGACGUCUCCCAGUCUUUCGCGCCGCUGAUCAUCAGCCCAGAUACCCUCCACCAUGAUAUCAAGGUUACGGUUCGCGUUCCGGAGGGGGCUUUCCCGUCGAUCUCCAACGUUCCAGGCUCGAUGAUCAGUUUUAAAUAUUUUGUGGAAGUGGUGCUUGAUCUGCACGGAAAACUCACCGGCCUAGAGCGAGUGCUUCCCAAUGCAGGCAUGAUGAGCUUGCCUUACUCCGUCACGGCUGGGUCCGGCAUGCAAACGGGGGAGGGCGUUCACAGCAGCACCCUUGCAGCCUGGCCGGGACACUUCAUCGACACCUCUCAGAUUCGGCGUAACAAAAACGUCGUCUCGUGCAACUUCGAAGUUGUAAUCGGUACCGUAGAUACCGAGCGGUUCUAUGGGAAGAGCAAAACCGAUUCGGUUCAAAGCACCGAAGCUACCGCCACCGAGGUGGCCGGUCACCCGCAGAGCAGCCGGCCGGGAGAAGAGGCAGCUCGUCCCACCGAAGCUGGUACCCAUUCAUACGACUUCGGCUUCGACUAUGCAUCGGAGGGCCAUGAUGACAGUCAAGGCACAAUCCACCCCAACAACGGCCAUUUCCCUCCCCCGUCGCAGCUACAUGGCAGCCCAAAUCCGGGCACUCCAACGCCAUAUUCACGUCUGUCACCCUUCCCUCACCCUUCAGAGUCAUCACCACUUCCGCCGACACCAUCGCCGUUAUACUCCAUCCCGAAUCUGCCGGACGAGCAAAACCUAAGCGAAAAGGACCGCAUUCGCCUCGCCGAAGCACGCCUCCUCCCAUCCGCACCUCCCGCCGACGAAACGGACCCAGAGUCUUCGUCCCAUGCGACCCGCCAUGCUCCCAGCGCACCCAGCCUGGAAGCUCUCCACCAUAAUCCCGCACAAAUACCCCACCCCUUUGCCUUUCCUCCACAAGCAGCAGGACUGUCUGCGCUACCCACCGACGCCGUGCCUAGUUACGAGUCCCACAUGCGACCGGGCGCCUCCGAGCCGCAUACGGACGACAAGUACGAGUUGCAACGGCGGCAAAUGGAGAUGGAAACGUCUGCACCGCCGACCGCGCCGGAGGAGGAUGAAAAUAGUGCGCGACCACCCGGCGAUGAAGAGAGGGUGGAGACCAGCGGACAGCCGUCGGCUCCGACAUUGGAGCAGAUAGAAGGCUCGGAAGGGUUGCCCCGAUAUGAACGAUGAGAUCUUCCGGCCUUGUCGCCGGAGUUUUUGGAUGUGGUACGCUUCGAUAUACGAAAUCUUCUAGAGGUUCGGGGGAGCAUGGGGAGUUCAAAUCUGUAGCAUCUUGGGUCGGUGUAUGAGUAUUCUGGUAGACUUCCCACAUAGGGGACUGCCGAGCCAACAUUGGAUUGGCUAUCAUAA